AUGGUCGUCCUUCGAGAGAGGAAGGUCGGAGCGAUCACCCACGACCCAGACCUAGAGGUCCCACAGAGCAUCAAGCACCCAGAGGCGAAGAUCAUCGUGACACUAAUUUGCCGAGAGACGAAGGUUGCCAUGGGAGUUCAAAGUGUCUCGGACGCCACAGUGUGCAAAGUGUUCCCCUCGACGUUGAGUGAUGCGGCGCAAAAGUGGGCUUGGAAUUAUAUCAAUCUUGACGAGGAAAGGCAGAGGAAGUCUUAUGGGGCGGCUAGCCCGGUUCCCAGUAAAACACAGAACACUCAGGGAUCUAACCGUAACCAAGAUCGGUACCGACCUCUGAACGAGACUUCGGGGUACAGAGGUAGCAAGCCAUUCAAUGCUCAGACCAGUCCGCCAAGCACGGGGCCUGGACCUAAGCCAAGUUUCAGUAUUGGAGGAGGAACGGAAGGAUAUGUGGAUCGAGCAGGAGUACCGAGACAGUACGUGCCACUUAACACGCCAAGGGAGCAGAUUCUAUCCUGGAUCAAGCACAACAACGAAGAGAUUCGUUAUCCACCAAGGCUAGUGAAAGAUGGAGACCGAUCCAAGUUCUGUGAUUUUCAUGAUGGUUAUGGCCACGAAACGGAGGAAUGUGGACGAGGAACCUCAGAAUCCGAGUAUGGUCGCAAACGCAGAAAGAAAAAGCAAAAGAUGGUCAUAUCGGUAUCUACCGGGUCGCCAUGGCCUAACAUUGUUUUCGGGCCAGAGGAUGCGAAAGGAGUAGAUUUUCCUCAUGAAGACGCUUUGAUUGUAUCGGCCAUCAUUGGUUCAAAAUGGGUAAAACGAUUGCUGGUGGACGAUGGAAGCUCGGUUAACUUGUUGACUCUAUCAGUCUUUUUGACAAUGGGAGGAUCCAAGACUGACCUCAAGCCUGUGAACAUUCCUCUCCUGGGGCUGGGGGGAGCUCCGGUCACCCCAGAGGGCAUGGUCGAGCUAGACUUAGAGCUCGGCAUCGAAAUACCUCAGGAGGACGGAACAGAGGGAAUCCUGGCGGAACCAACACGGAAGCUGGGCGUAGACUGGCCAGACGAGCACCGGGAAGCUAUCAUAGCUCGGAUAAAACAGUAUGUGGAAGAGUUUACCAACAAGCCAGAGGAUAUUGGGGGGGUAGACCCUAAGAUCAUCUCGCACAAGUUAAAUGUGGAUGCAAAAUGCAAGCCUGUCAAGCAAAAGAAAAGAACUUUCUCUCUAGAGAAACAGAUUGCUAUCCGAGACGAAGUGGAGAAGCUCUUGAAAGCCGGGUUCAUCAGGAAAGUAGACUACCCUGAAUGGCUGGCCAAUGUUUAUGUGGAUGACAUAGUAGUAAAAUCUAAGGGGAUCGAGGAUCACGCACAGGAUUUGGUAGAAACUUUUGAAAAGCUGAAGGGUUUUAACCUCAAGCUGAAUCCAGAAAUGUGUGUUUUCGCAGUCCGCUCGGGGAAAUUUCUAGGGCACCUCAUCUCGGAGAAAGGCAUUGAGGCUAACCCGGAGAAAAUCGAGGCAGUGAUGAGCAUGAAAGCACCCAGCUCGGUGAAGGAGUGGACAGAGGAGUGUAACGCAGCUUUUGAAGAGCUGAAGGUUUACCUCAGCACACCCCCGGUGCUAGGUAGACCUGAGCCCGGAGAAAUCUUAUACUUAUAUCUCUCGGUGAAUGACGAGACAGCAGCAGCAGUCCUUGUAAAGGAGGAUAAGGGUGGCGGCGGAAAAACUAAGGAGAUAUUUCGAGGCUCACAUCAUUGUAGUACGUACGAACCAACCUUUGAGAAAGGCGCUGCAGAGGCCAGAGAUGUCGGGACGGCUGAUUUUAUAGCUGAGACCACAGCAAGCGACCAACCUGAGGAACCCGACGAACAACUUCUACGGUGGGUGUUAGAAGUCGACGGGGCAUCAAAUCUGGAUGGAUCUGGAGCGGGCGUAGUCUUGAAAGGCCCUCACGGAGUCACACUCCGCAGCUCGGUAAAAUUCGAUUUCCCGGCAUCCAACAAUGCCGCGGAGUAUGAGGCUCUGUUGAUCGGAUUGAGAAUGGAGCUCGGAGGAAAAUGGGCGAUAGAGCAAGUUCCUCGCUUGGAAAACCAAGAGGCCGAUGCAUUAGCCAAAGCAGCAACAGUGAACGAAAAAAUACCGGGGGCUCAUUUCUCUGUUCAAAAGCAUUCCAGUAUCGACAACCAUGAAACCAUUUUUCUAACUCAGCCGUUGGAAAAUUGGAUGCAAGGUAUAGCCCACUACCUGAUGGAUGGAACUCUGCCAGGAAAUAGAGAUAAAGCCUACAAAAUCUUGCGACAAGCUCCGUACUACGCGUUCCUCGACGGAGUCUUGUACAGAAAGUCAUUCACCCACCCGUGGUCGAGAUGCUUGACGGCAGAAGAAGGGGAGUAUGUGUUGAGAGAAAUACAUGAAGGUAUUUGUGGGGCACACAUAGCUCCUCGCAUGUUAGCAAAGAAAGCAGUGUUGCAAGGCUACUGCUGGCCCUUGAUGGUCAGACAGGCAGAGGAGAUAGUAAAGAAGUGUGAAAACUGUCAGAGGCACCAGAACAUCCGACACGCUCCUACUACAGAGCAGUGCCCUAUUACUAGUCCUUGGCCAUUUGCAACAGCGUUGGUAACUGAUAACGGAAAGCAGUUCAACUGCCGAGCCUUCAAGGAAUUUUGCAACGACUUGCACAUUGACUUACGUUUCACUUCAGUAGUUCACCCACAGAGCAAUGGGAUGACCGAAGUAACCAACCGGACGAUCCUAAAAGGGCUCAAGACCAGGCUGGGGGAGUUCGAUAGACAGUGGUUGGAAGAGCUACCGAAGGUCAUAUGGGCUUACAGAACCACGCCAAGGGCAGGCACAGGAGACACCCCGUUUUCUCUAACAUAUGGGUGCGAGGCGAUGAUACCGGUGGAAAUCGGGAUGCCAACUCUAAGGGUCCAGUUCUUCGAUGAGGCUAAGAACGUGGAAGAACAGAAAUUAUGCUUAGACCUACUGGAAGAGCGAAGAGAGCAGACAUUACUAAGGGAAAUGCUGGAGUGGGAAAACUUGAACCUAACUGGGAAGGCCCCUAUCAAGUGCCACCAGCGAGCUAUAAGCCACAAACGGGCUAGAUACCACCAACGUACUACGAGCAAUUCUCGACCCCGAGCAACAACAACUCCGGGUUGUCCCAAGACAAUAGGCUAUCCACGCCGAGCAACUUGCUUAAACUUGGUCUAUGAACAACUAAGAACCAACAUAUGA